AUGAAUGUGUUCUGUCAGAAAAACGAGCUACAGAAAUCGCUCCUGGUGGAACACGGCUGCAUCCUAUCGCUCGGGAGUGCCCUGCGGAUGUCCGGCGUGCCGGGCCUUCGCGUCAUCGCCGACGCACGCCAGAACCCGUGGCGGCGUGCCUGCUGGCUACUCGCGUUCGGAGCCUUGGCCUGCCUCAUGGUUAUGGACCUUUCCUACAUCUUCGUCGAGUUCCUGCGCUACGAAGACGUCGUAUCAAUUACCUACACCGAGCCAGCACGGGCCGGAUUUCCGGCCGUAACCGUCUGCAACGUCAACAAGGUGCGGAAGUCUGUGCUCUGCCAGGCGGGGGCACCAGUGGGUUUGAACGACACCGUGUUCUACCGAUGGAGAGAUCUCCUCUGCAAUUCCUCGAACAGAAACAUCGCAAUGAGCAAGGAAGAUCUGAAGCUGAGCCGUGAGCUCACGGACUGGGUUCAAGUGACGCAAAGCGACAAGCGCUACCGAGGCUUCCUUUUGGGGCAUAAGAUGGAAGACGUCCUCCAGAGCUGUGUCCUCAACGGCGUGGACUGCCGUGCACUCAACCUCCUGGAUCACAAGUCAGUACCGUCACUCGGCUCCUGUUUCUGCGUCGGUUGCAACCCCGGUAUCAGAUACCGAUACCCAUCCAACAGAGCCAAGCAAUCAUUGAAUGGACUUCAUUUGUUGCUAAACGUGCAACUGGAAGAGUACCUGCCCCUGACGGUGGAGGCUGGCUUCCUGAUCAUGAUCCACCACCCAUGGGCCGAGGAGGACAUCACUCAAGACGUCACCUUCGUGGCCCCAGGAUCGGCCACCUUCAUCUCCGUGUUGAUGCGGCAGCUUCACAAGCCCACCCACACUCAAAUUCAGAACAUCAGAUUCAUCAUGACCAGCAACACCUCGGCUUCCACAAACUCCUGUAAGGUCAUCCUCUAUGGUGCCGACACUCUCAACACCUCCGAUCAGCUAAUCGACCACGUCCAGUCCAAAGUUCCUGUCAUCACCUCUCAAACGAUAGGAAAAACCGAGACGUCACUCAUCACCUUGCAAGACGUGCCUUUCACAAUUUACUAA